AUGAGUGCCGUUGCCGCCUCUGCUUGGAUUGGGCGCUCGCAUUGCCGACAGGUCAAUGAUGUGACCCAGGUGAGCUUGCUCUUGGCUGCCUCUGUUGGAAUCAUAUUGGCGAUCCGUGAUGCCGUUGGCACAUACCAGCACGGCUGCAUCGUGCAUCAACGGUACGGCUUCCGGACGUUCUGCGUCGUGGAGCUUCUUGACUCGCUGUUCCUGCUUCCAUGUACCUUUCAACUGAUCUGCCUCACGGUCAACUAUGAUGAUCGAGUUCAGUCACGGUUGCAGGAGGCGAAGCAGGAGAAGGAACAGUUGUCGGCUGCGUAUCAUCGCUGCAUCCAGGAGAUGGAUGAGAAGCUGCGGGCGGUUUCCGAGUCCAACAUCCUUCUGGCGGAACGAUCGUUUGCGGACAGGAAGAGGGAUUUUGCGGCCUUCUUGGGGCAGUUGAUCGUUUGGUGCCCUCGUGUGCCGGCACACCAGCAGGAGCUGUUGCGGCACGAACUGUGCAGCUUCGUUGAUCUCUGGCUGCGGGUCUAUGGCGAAGCAUCAAUUGACCCUGCCAAGAGGCUGCAGUUCGACUGCUCGGUGUUGGGCAAGUGCAAGACGGCAGAGGAGCUGUUGCGAGCAGCACAAAACAUCACGCAAUCGGCGGGUACAAUGGUGGGUGAUUCCUACGAGUCGCACAUGCGCACGUUGAAUGCGCUGAAAGACUCAGAGCCGCCCGCCGCGCAUGGACGGCGAGAGCAAAUAAGGCGAAGCUUACGGGAGCCCACGUACGUCACCCGACGAUCGUCGUGGUGGCACUGCCUUCCAGGGCGUUGCUACUUCGACUGUGCAGCUUCCGAGGACCGUUUGGUCGACCUUUCAUGCUGCAUUUGCAGAUUACAGCUGUUGAGUGCAGACCAUGCUUUGCUCUUGCUGGCUCUGCUUGUCGGCAUUGUGCUGAUAGCAGUCACGGCGCUCUUCCCAUUGCUGAGCACUGAUAGGACCUGGCGGAAAGUUGGGGUUGACUUCCUCUUGGAUGCGGCUCCUGUUGCCAUCUACGUGGUGUGCUUAGCCAUGCUUCUCGCUCGUAUCGAAAGGAUCAGUGCCCUAAUUGCAAUGCGGCGGGAGGUGUAUCAGGCACAGGAGAUGCAAAUCUUCGCCGGGGCUGUCAAGGACGACUUGCUCUCACACUGGGCUGCCGUGAGUGACAUAACUGAUCUAUGGUGCAACCGUACAUUGCCGCGCUUGGAGCUUCUGAAGGAGCUGCACUGCCAGCUAAGCUCCUCUUCUCCGGAGCAGCUAGCAACGAGCCUGCGUGACCUCAAUGGCCGUCUAUGCAAGCUGGAAGAUGCAGUCGGCGAUGUCAAGGACUGGUGGACAGCGCAACAUGAAGGGCGAGCUCCGCAACUGCAGCCACGCGUUAGCAUGCUGCUCCGGUCUCGGACUUUGGACGGAUUGGAGGAUGGCGCGCCAGGCAGCUUCUCAGACCGGCUGGACUCGAUGAUCGUUGAGAUCAGCAGUCAGGCUACCAGAAGCGACGGGCCGCUGCAGGUGGCAGAUUUUCUUCGAGACGCUGGACAAAGUUUCCAGGCAGACUCGCCCACUUUGGAUCUGGACGUCGAGACCGGUGCAAGGAGACAGUCGCUGUUGUCCUUCAUAGGGGAGCAAGGCGCAACGGCACCGGAUCCGCAAGGUCUGACAGAAAUCGUUUCGUGCCACUUCCAAUGCUCUACAACCGUGAGCGCAGGACAGCUGUUCCUAUGGGCAGAUGUGAAGUCGGAUUUAUGCACCUGCCGCAUGCCAUUGAUGGAUGCCACCACCGCAGAGUCUGUGUCGCGGAUGGACCAGUGUGACCCGCAAGGCUUGUCCAACCUGUGCCGAACCUCCGGAACCUCGAGCAUCCAGAGCUCCAAUCUCAUGGCAACAACUUCUUCCCACAGCAUCGCCAAGAUCCAGAAGUCCAGCCCACAGAAUCCUGGCAACGCUGUUCGGGACCUGGCCAAGGCUGCCCGCGUCGAUCCAGGACUUCCAGAUGCUGCACGCUACCGCUGCCUGCUCGACUCUGCGGAUGGCCGAACUCCGGCCACAGGAGAUGUCCAACAGCGCACGGAGACCGACCAAGCUUGGCUUCCGCCGCUCGCCGCCGAUGGAUGCGUUGGCGACGGAAGUGGUCAAGGCCUUGUUGCUUGGUUGCUGUACGAGGUGUUGCUCCUUUGGUACACGUCCCCGGAUUCCCUGACGACAGGACUUGGCGAACAGGGCUCGGGGACCAUGGGCUCGCAGUCCUCAGAAGUGCUGGUGUUUGGCUCGGUCUUGGCUGAUAUUGAUGUGAAGCUACCAGAGCUUGCGCCUCAAGAUAACAAGCUGAAACUUGAGCUUCUCGGGCUCAGAGUAGACCUCAGAGCAGCCUCUGAGCCCAUCUUGGGACUCUGCGUGGCCAUGGCCGACCCGGCGGGAGACAGUGAUGUACUACCAGCUCAAGACAAGGUCAAGUUUACGGAGGCUGGAGCUCCCCUUCCCAGGGACCCGAAGUACAUGGACCGCACAAGCUGGCAGUGCACAACGAAACAGCUUCCUGUCGACUUCGGCUGCUUCGGCUAUGUCGAGCACUUUCGAGUUCGCUUCGUGGAAUGA